CCUUCCAGAGAAGGCCCUUGGAUCCCUCUCCAAGGCCUUCUCCCCCAAUCUCCCACCCUCCUCCCCCACCUUCCAUCUCCCCCAACCCCCCAUCGCCCUCUCCUUCCCCCCCUCCACGCGCGCGCGCGCCCCGGCGCGAUCGAUCGAUCGAUCGCCCCCUUCUCUCUUCCCGCGGGCGGACGCGCGGGCGGAUCGGGUGCGCGCGUGGGGGGCCAGGACGACAGCGUGCGUGUGUGCGCGGAUGGCGUGCCACGAGGUGGGCGCGCCGCGGCGGAGGUGGUGAGACGGGCGGGCUCGCGCGCGAUGGUUGUGUGAUCGGCGCGGCGCGGCUGCUCCUCGGUGGUCGGUCCGUGCGUCUUUCUUUUUCUUCUUUGGCUGGCGGCGGCGGCGGCGGCGGCGGACAGGGGUGGUGGUGGUGGCCGCCACGGGGAGGCAGGGAGGGGGCGCGAAGAUGAGCUGCUUCCCGUGCUUCGGCGGCGGAAAGAAGAAGAGCCUGAGUGCCGACACGGCGCGGUUCGACGACGCGGAUGCGGCGCCCGCGUCGCAGAUGACGCCGCCCGCGCCCGCGGCCGCGCCCAUGACGCCGCCCAGGCCCGAUCAGGCCCCCAAGCCAUCCGAGGACGCCUCGGCGGGGCUCGCCAUCGCCGGGCAGGCGUUCGCGUUCCGCGAGCUCGCCGCGGCCACCGACCACUUCACGCCGUACAACCUCAUCGGAGAAGGCGGCUUCUUCCGGGUCUACAAGGGUCAACUGGAGAAGACUGGGCAGACCGUGGUCAUCAAGCAGCUGGACAGGCAUGGCUUCCAAGGCAACAAUGAGUUCCUGGACGAGGUCUCGAAGCUCAGCCGGCUCCACCACGACAACCUCGUCGACAUCAUCGGCUACUGCGCCGACGGCGACCAGCGGCUCCUCGUCUACGAGUUCAUGUCCGCCGGCAACUUGGAAGAACACUUGUUCGAUUUGCCGGCGGACAAGAAGCCGAUGGACUGGUGCACGAGGAUGAAGGUGGCGUACGGCGCAGCGCAGGGGCUGGAGUACCUGCACGAGAAGGCGAGCCCGCCGGUGGUGUACGGCGACUUCAAGGCGUCCAACGUCCUGCUCGACGACGCCCUCACGCCGAAGCUGUCCGACUUCGGGCUCGCGCAGCUCGGCCAGGUGGGCGGCAACGCGCCGGCUCCGAUGAUGGGCUCGUUCGGCUGCUGCGCGCCGGAGUACGACCGCAGCGGCCAGGCCACCAUGAAGUCCGACGUCUACAGCUUCGGCGUCGUGCUGGUGCAGCUCAUCUCCGGCAGGAGAGCCAUCGACCCCGACAAGCCCACGGAGGAGCAGAACGUGGUCGCCUGGGCAAUGCCGAUGUUUAAAGACCAGAAGAGAUAUCACGAGCUGGUGGAUCCACUCAUCAAGAGCGAGUACGCAGCAAAGGCAUUGAACCAGGUGGUCGCCAUGGCCGCGAUGUGCUUGCAGGAGGAAGACUCCGUGCGGCCGUUGAUGGCCGACGUUGUCAUGACGCUGGGCUUCCUGACCUCACUGCCACCGGAUCCACCAGCUGCCAGCGUCCCAGCCCCAGCUCCAUCUGCCUCCCCUGCACCAAAAUCAGAUCACUCUGAUAGCUCGUCGUCGUCUUCCUCGGACGACGACGACGACGACAACGACAACGAAGAAGAGGAAGGGGAGGAAGAGGAGGAAGAAGAUGCAGAGGAGCAAUAAUAAGGGAAACUUUGUCAAAUGAUAUUAUUGUGGAAGCGAGAAGAAGAUCAAAUGUUAAACGCUUAAUUUGAAGGAUCAGGUGAUUAAACCAGAGAUGGUUUGAUGUGGAAGGAGUUGUAUACCUGAGUUAUUUUUUUUGACGUUUCUCAGAGGCCGUGGACAAUGUAAAUUGGGGGGUGGGGCUUCAACAAGUAAAUGUUUUUUGUUGUGAUAAUAACGAACAUGCUAAAUGGUUUAAAACGUAUGGCUUUGUACACUCUGAUCAUCAAUUGGAUACACCCAAUUUAUCACA